AUGUUAUCACUGUCAGCCAAAAAUCAUUUCACGGUGAGUAACUCUAUAACUCACGUUAUUAAGUCGUAUCACAUAAGGACUCUCACUUCAAGCGCAGAAAAAAUGCCACAUAUCACUACUCCCUUUACCACUACAGCCAGUAAUACAAAGUUGAAAGCCUUCAGGAAAGUCAGGCCCGUCCUACAGAGGCACAGCUCUUCCUGGAUUGCUGCUCAAAACCAUAGACGUUCGUUAUCUGGUCAAUCUUCACUAAACGAUCUGCGUCAUUUGAACCGCUUUCCACACCACACGUUGAAACCUUCGAAUAAUGAGUUUUAUCCCGCUGAACAAUUGACUUUGGAAGACGUAAAUGAAAAUGUCUUGAAGGCUAAGUACGCCGUCAGAGGUGCCAUCCCAAUGAGAGCUGAAGAACUGAAAGCUCAGCUGGAGAAGGAUCCUCAAUCUUUGCCAUUUGAUAAGAUUAUCAAUGCCAAUAUUGGUAAUCCUCAGCAACUACAACAAAAACCUUUGACUUACUACAGACAGGUCUUGUCUCUCUUACAAUACCCAGAACUAUUAAACCAAAACGAACAACAGCUAGUUGAUUCGAAAUUGUUUAAACUAGAUGCCAUUAAGCGUGCAAAGAGCUUAAUGGAAGAUAUCGGUGGUUCUGUUGGUGCUUACUCUUCUUCCCAAGGUGUAGGAGGUAUAAGGAAAAGUGUCGCUGAAUUUAUAACGAAGAGAGAUGAAGGUGAGAUAUCAUAUCCAGAGGAUAUCUUUCUUACUGCUGGUGCAUCCGCAGCUGUCAAUUACUUGUUAUCCAUAUUCUGCAGAGGCCCAGAAACGGGUGUAUUGAUUCCCAUCCCACAAUAUCCAUUAUACACUGCUACUCUGGCCUUGAACAAUUCUCAGGCCUUACCGUACUAUUUAGAUGAGAAUUCAGGUUGGUCGACUAAUCCAGAAGAAAUUGAAACUGUCGUCAAAGAGGCUAUACAAAACGAAAUUAAGCCUACCGUACUGGUGGUUAUCAAUCCAGGCAAUCCUACAGGAGCCGUCUUAUCACCUGAAUCUAUAGGUCAGAUUUUUGAAGUUGCAGCCAAGUACGGUACGGUGGUAAUAGCUGACGAAGUUUAUCAAGAAAACAUCUUCCCCGGUACUAAGUUCCAUUCCAUGAAAAAAAUUUUGAGACAUUUGCAAAGGGAACAUCCAGGUAAGUUCGAUAAUGUUCAGCUAGCUUCUUUGCAUUCGACUUCUAAGGGUGUUUCUGGUGAAUGUGGUCAAAGGGGUGGUUACAUGGAACUCACUGGAUUCAGCCAUGAAAUGAGGCAAGUUAUCUUGAAAUUGGCCUCAAUUUCAUUGUGUCCCGUAGUCACUGGUCAGGCUUUAGUUGACUUGAUGGUUCGUCCACCAGUAGAAGGGGAAGAAUCUUUCGAGUCGGACCAGGCGGAACGUAACUCUAUCCAUGAAAAGUUAAUUACAAGAGCAAUGACCCUGUAUGAGACAUUCAACUCCUUAGAAGGCAUUGAAUGCCAGAAGCCUCAAGGUGCUAUGUACUUAUUCCCCAAGAUAGACUUACCUUUUAAGGCAGUUCAAGAAGCUCGCCACUUAGAGCUAACCCCAGACGAAUUUUAUUGUAAGAAGUUGUUAGAAUCUACUGGCAUUUGUACUGUUCCCGGUUCUGGGUUUGGCCAAGAACCUGGUACUUACCAUUUAAGGACAACAUUUUUGGCACCUGGUCUCGAAUGGAUUAAGAAAUGGGAAAGUUUCCAUAAAGAAUUUUUUGACCAGUACCGUGAUUGA